AUAAAAAGAUGUCAUUAUGUUGACCUAGAAUGUUAUUAUUUACAUGGGUAAUUAAUUUAUAUGGAACUCCAACCCAAAAACAAGAAAUUUUAACAUGUAGAAUUCGAUUUUUAUUUCUUCAAUUCCAUUCACAUAAAUUAGCAUGUUUAUGACGGUAACUAUUCCAUGAUUCUAUAUUAAAUCCUGAAUCUUAUAAAUAAAUUGAUCGACUGUAUAUUUAUAUUAUUUUUUGUCAGAUUUUAAUCUAUAUGUGUUAUUUAAGCUAAGUGAAUAUUAAUUUUAUUCCUUACCUUUUUUAUUCAUAUAUACCUAAUAUUUUUUUAUCAUAGAAGGUUACUCAAUUAACGCCCAAACCUCAUCGCUCCAUCGUUAAGUCCUUAUUACUCAUUUCAAUUCAAAUAUUAAUUCAUCAUUUUUUCUUCUUCUUCCACCUGUUUUAUUUCAAUGGCUUCUUCUUCUACCUGUCUCUCUUCGAAGCCAUUCCUCGGCGGUUCCAUCUCUUCCAAUUCCAACCUCCGAUCCCAAUCCUCCGCUUACGUUCAAGUCUCCCUCCGCCCUCGCAUUCCCAAAAACUUCCAGAUACGGGCGGCUGGGAAUACCUAUGGAAAUCACUUCCGUGUGACAACAUAUGGAGAGUCUCAUGGGAGAGGUGUUGGUUGUGUCAUUGAUGGGUGUCCUCCUCGCAUCCCUCUCUCCGAGUCUGACGUGCAAGUUGAUCUUGACAGAAGGAGGCCAGGCCAAAGCAAAAUUACAACUCCUAGAAAGGAGACUGAUACGUGUAAAAUAUUUUCAGGAGUCUUCGAAGGACUUACUACUGGAACUCCAAUCCAUGUAUUUGUACCUAGUACUGAUCAAAGAGGACGUGACUAUAGUGAGUUGUCAUCAGGUUAUAGGCCUUCCCAUGCUGAUGCAACCUACGACAUGAAGUAUGGUAUCAGAUCAGUUCAGGGGGGUGGUAGAUCUUCUGCAAGAGAAACCAUUGGAAGGGUUGCUUCUGGUGCUGUUGCUAAAAAAAUCCUUAAGGAUUUUGCAGGAACUGAGAUUCUUGCAUAUGUGUCUCAAGUUCACAAGGUUGUUCUGCCAGAGGACUUAAUUGAUAAUGAGACUGUGACACUUGAUCAGAUCGAGAGCAACAUUGUUCGAUGUCCUGACCCUGAAUAUGCAGAGAAGAUGAUAGCUGCUAUUGAUGCUGUCCGAGUUAGAGGUGAUUCUGUUGGUGUUGUGACAUGCAUAGUGAGGAACUGUCCACGUGGGAUUGGUUCACCAGUAUUUGACAAACUUGAAGCUGAACUCGCUAAAGCUGCUAUGUCAUUGCCUGCAACCAAGGGCUUUCAAUUUGGUAGUGGGUUUGCAGGUACCUUUUUGACUGGGAGUGAACACAAUGAUGAGUUCUAUAUAGAUGAACAUGGAAGGACAAGGACAAGAACAAAUCGUUCUGGUGGGAUACAGGGUGGAAUUUCCAAUGGAGAAAUCAUAAACAUGAGAAUAGCUUUCAAGCCGACAUCAACUAUUGCUAAGGAGCAAAAUACGGUGACUCGAGAUAAAAAAGAAACGACUCUGAGAGUUGGUGGUCGUCAUGAUCCUUGUGUUGUCCCAAGAGCUGUACCCGUGGUAGAGGCCAUGGUAGGUUUGGUGCUUGUGGUCCAGUUGAUGGCGCAGUAUGCGCAGUGUAAUCUGUUUCCCGUAAACUCAGAUUUGCAAGAGCCUUUGUUGCCCGUAUUACAGCCAGAAGAAGUACCCUUUUGAAUGAUAUAAUGUCCUGUAAAAGAACGAUAUAAUGUAAAUUUUUUUUUUUAGUGCAAUGUAUCCUCCUGUAUUGUCAUAAGGUUUUAAUGUUUAAUAAUGCCUCAUCCCUCA